CCCAACCAUCCUGUUUAUCGCCCAGUUGGCAGGUCUCGACCCAAACACAAUGUUUCCUCUGAAUGACAGUAACUUUGUGGACGCGGAGGACGUGCCGAGAGACGAGACUCUGGCCACGCUGGAGAUCGCCCUCCUCAGUAUCAUCUUUUUCAGCGCCGCCAUCCUCAACACCUCCCUGCUGCUCGUCCUCUGGAGACAGCGCAAACAGAUGUCUAGGAUGCGCGUCUUUGUCUUCCACCUGUGCGUGGCGGACCUGGUGGUCGCUUUCUUCCAGGUGUGUCCGCAGCUCAUGUGGGACAUCACUGACAGAUUCGUCGGCCCGGACCUGGUGUGCCGCCUGGUGAAGUACCUCCAAGUCCUCGGCAUGUUUUCAUCCACUUACAUGAUCGUGGUGAUGACAGUUGACCGGUACCAAGCUGUGUGCAACCCGAUGGUGAAGUUCCAGCGGACAAGUACAAGACUUAACAUCCCCGUGUGCUUGGCGUGGGGUGUUUCUCUGCUUGGCAGCCUGCCACAGGUGUUUAUUUUCUCCCAGGUCGAGGUUGCACCUGGUGUGUUUGACUGCUGGGCUGAAUUUAUCCAGCCGUGGGGGCUGCAGACUUACAUCACUUGGACCACGCUGGUCAUCUUCAUUUUACCUGUUGCCACAGUUGUUUUCUGUCAAGUGCGCAUCUGCCGAGCCAUCCAGAUCAACCUCUACCAAAAGACUCAACAGCAGAGCAACGUGGGUCUCCCUCUGCCAUCCAGAGCCAGCGGGGUGGCCGGGAUGUCCAAGGCCAGGGUGAAGACGCUGAAGAUGACGGUGGUCAUCGUGCUGGCUUACAUUGUCUGCUGGGCUCCUUUCUUCACUGUCCAGCUCUGGUCCGCCUGGGACACAAAUGCUCCCAAAGAAACUGCCACAUUCACCGUCCUGAUGUUGCUGGCCAGUCUGAACAGCUGCGCGAACCCCUGCAUUUACCUCCUGUUCAGCGGUCAGCUUCCCAAGAGGCUGGUGUCGCUCCUGUGCCAGCGGCAGUCCGACGGUAAGGAUUUGAUCCAUGAAGACGCGACGCUGGUGAGCACGCUGUACAUGAGCUUCAAAAACGUCUCUGAGUCAAAAUGAAGGAACCGCGUUACAACCUGGGAAUGGGAAAAGCCGGUCGGUGCUCCAAGCAGAGCUGCGUCUGAGCCCGGUGUGCAUUAGAAAGACUGUUU